AUGAUGUUGUCUCGCUUAUUUGUCAUUGGUUUAUUGAUUUCGAUCUACGGAGUGCUUUCUCAGAGGACGAUUGUUCGAAGUGUAUCACUUGGUGAAGAUGCAUUUAUUGUUAAACGAGAAACAAAUGUUCUUCCGAAGAAUAACAAAGAAGUCGAAAGACACGACGAUGUUAUUGAAUUGAAUAUUGGAGGGCAAAAAAUGACAACUCUUCGAUCGACAUUGACCGCUGUGCCCAAAUCGAAAUUAUCUUUGAUGUUUCAAAAGGAGAAUGCUAAGAAAAUGCUAUCACUAGACAAACAAGGUGUCGCCUUCUUCGAUUACAAUCCUCUUUAUUUCAGUUAUUUACUCGAUCAAUUACGAGAAAUCAAACGCAUGUCCGAUCAAUCCAUACACAAUCUACAAAUCUCUGCACCUUAUAUGAGUUCACACGUGAAUUUUACACAUAUGCUUAUUGAUCUAGGACUGACACCUGACUAUUUCCUUUCGCCAACGGAAGGUACGCAUCUGAAUUUAACCAUCGAUUCCCUUGCCGGUUGGAAAGAAUGCUAUCGGAGUACGUACAAUACUCCAUUCGACUUGUCCGUGCUGACAAGUUCGUGCAAUGGAAGUCGACUUCUCGUGGGUUGCCGCUUAGCAACUAAUAAGAAGCGUCUCACUCUUGCAGCUAUCGGUGAACGCGAAGAUAUUUUCCAUCCAUGUCUACCCAAACAAUGCAAAGUAAACGGGAAGUUUAAGAAGAGAAAUAGAACACUAACUUGUUCGUCACGACAUCAGUGUAUUACACAAGCAAAGCGUGGAGUAGGAUGGUAUCAUGUACCUCAUCAAACAUGGGGUUUUGUUCGUGGUUCUCUAUCGUUUGCUGUUAACCCAUGUGAUGUUAGUAAUCUCGACGCCGAUUAUCGUCUCUGUUGGUCAACACAAGAAAAUAUUCAACAAGGAUUCGGCGAUCGAUGUGGUAGUGCGAAGAAUCUACAAAAUUCAAACAAAUGGGAACGUCUUAUUUACUAUAUUAAAUGA